UGUGUAACGCUUCUUCUGAUUCACUCUCCAGCAAUAGGCAAUGCUUUUGCAGUUCUGAGCAACCCUGAAAAACGAUUGCGAUACGAUGAAUUUGGAAGUGACCAAGAGCACGCCAGCACUGCUCAGGCCAGGCAGUAUAAUUACUACACAGAAUUUGAAGCAGAUAUUACACCAGAAGAAAUAUUCAACGUGUUUUUUGGUGGGCACUUCCCUACAGGAAAUAUCCAUAUGUUCUCAAAUGUGGCUAGGGAUGCACACUACUAUCCACAGAGGCACCGACAGGAGCAAGAGGAGGAAGAAAACAGGCCACAGAAUUCGUAUUCUGCAUUUAUUCAGUUGAUGCCAGUUUUCAUAAUAAUCAUAGUGUCCGUUAUAACUCAGCUGAUGGCCACUAACCCACCCUACAGCUUAUUCUACAAAUCGUCCAUAGGCCAUGUUAUUAGUCGAGAAACAGAGAACUUGCAGGUGCCUUACUACGUUGAUAAAAACUUUGAAAAGAAUUAUCAAGGAGCAGAACUUCAAGAACUAGAGAAAACGGUGGAAAAAGAUUACAUAGACUAUAUCCAGACCAGCUGCUGGAAGGAGAAACAGCAGAAGUCUGAUCUGUCAAAUUUGGCCAAGCUGUACAGAGAUGAGCGGUUGAAACAGAAAGCGGAAUCCCUGAAACUUGAGCACUGUGAGAAGCUCUCCAGCCUGAUCGGAAUGCACAAAGGGGGCUGAGCAGGCCACACGCGUUCUGUAGUUUUAUUUAUUGCUGUUUUAACUUAUGGUUUUAUUUUCCUUUGUAUAAAAGGGAAGGAGUCUACUGUAAAGAGUCUGAAAGUCUGCCUCCCUCUGCAUGUAGUGCAGGGGUGGGCCAGCACAAGCUGUCGAGCUGGUGUUCGCUGUAACAUACUGUACACUGUACUUGGUUCCAAGGACCGGUGGCACGCUGUAAAUUAAUUCCCUGGGAAACGCGAUCGGUUUGGAACCUG